UUUUACAGAAAUACCAGCGGAAAUACUUGUCUAUUACAACAAUAAAGCAGCCGUUUUGCUUUAUUUUAAACGGGAUAAAUUACUUUUGCCAAAUAUUCGACGCGAAAUAAUUUUUAAUAAGGUUCUGAUGUUGUACCGAGUAGGACUGUUGUGACGUAAUAUGCUAACAUGUCCUUUUCCCGAACAGAUUGACCGGAUAUAGCUAACGACAUUACCACUGUAACAUCCAGUAACUUGACGCUGGCUAAAAGAAAAAAGUUUUGCCCUCUUCGGGUUCGCUCACUCCGUCUUCCCACCAUCCAUUCGUUGUUGAUGCUAGAGCGGUGAUGGAGAGGCAAGAGGUACCGCUACGGACGCCGCUGCGCUGUUAACCACUGAGAGAGAAAAGUGUGCGGACGGAGCGGCAUGGAGACCGUGGAGCAGCUCGUCUCCUUCAACCACAUCCAGGUCCAGCUGAACGGGGGCGCGCCUUGGGGGUUUACCCUCAAAGGAGGACUGGAGCACGGCGAGCCGCUCAUCAUCACUAAAAUCGAGGAUGGAGGGAAGGCUGCCCACUGCAAGAGGCUGAAAGUUGGAGAUGAACUCAUCAACAUCAAUGGAUCCGCCCUUUACGGCAGCAGACAGGAAGCCCUCAUCCUCAUCAAGGGGUCGUACAGGAUACUGAAGCUCACAGUGAGGAGACGCAGCAUUCCUGUCAUCAGGCCUCACUCCUGGCACUUGUCCAAGCUGUUGGAGCCGCUGCCCCCUCCUCCGUCUCCUCCGCCCCUGACCCCCCGCCUCCCCCCUGCAGACUCCCCUCCGCUCCCCCCUCCUCCCCCUCCGUCUGCCAUGCAGCUACACUCCGGCUCCUACUCUCUAGCCUGGCACACAACCAACAACAGUGAUCUGUCCGUGCAGUGGACCAGACCGUACUCCUCCACUGACCGAAGCAGCUCCCAGGGAUCUAUGGAGAGCUUGGACACACCAACACCCACUACACAGCCAUACUCUGACUCCCACAAUUCACCCGUUGACCCCACCCUUUUCAACAACAAGCGAGACUCUGCCUACAGCUCCUUCUCCGCCAGUUCAAACACAUCUGACUACGCCACGGUGCUUCUAAGGCCCGGUGAAGCUUCCUCCAUGGAUAACCUCCUCCAGAGCCUUGGGCCAGCUUAUCAGGGUUACCCUGGUGACUCUUGCACUCUAGGGAGGUCGUCUGGUGAGGCAGUAGAUGAGGCGCAUCUAAUUGUACACAAGUCGAGAUCGUUGACCAGGCCGAAACCGAGGCCCGUCAAGAUAAAAGAGAGGCCGUCAUCCUGCUGUUAUGAGCAGGACCAGAGGGGAGGGGCUUUAGAAAUUGUAAGGAAUGGAGAAUCUCAAGUGGAGAGAAAGAAUAACCCCCCUCAGCCUCCAACUAGAAAGGACAGCUUUAGGGUGACCCGGAGUUGCACUAAUACUGCAGGCAAGCGUUGCACCUCAGCUCCCAUUGAAAUUUGUAGUUCUUAUUGUAAAGAAAACCUGCCCUGUCUGAAUGUUGAUUCUGGAAUUCAAAAUGGUUUUCCUACACCAGAAGAGGGAGACCAUACUGAGAACUUAACAACAGAUUCAGCAGAUUCACACUUUAGCCAAAGACAGACUGAAGAAUUUAGACAUAUUAUAUGUGGUAGCAGCUCUAACAACGACUCUAAAUCAGAGACUACAUCAGAGCGCCUCUUUGACUCAGUUCCAUCCCCAACAGUUCCCAUCACCCCCUCUGGUUCAGCUGACGUAUCCUCUGAAUCCUCCACAGAGGUUCAUGGACAGUCCCAUGUAAACCAAUGUCUGACCAAGCAUUCCUCAUCAGGCCUUCAAAGACACAGUGCGCCCGAGAAGCUGCUCACCACUCAGCUUCAGUUACUGCAGUUUAACAGCAACGGCUCUUCUCCGGAGCCUUUGAACCCAUCAGCCUCUUCUGAUCCCUCUGUGUCCCCCUGCAGCGGCCAGUGGUCCCAUGCUUCAUCACUCCAGCACACAACAGAGGACCCAGCACUUCCCACAUCACAUAAACUGGAAGGUAGUAGAAGCUCAACUCCAGGAUCUGUUUUCUUAGAGGUAGAAGGUGAGGCCGGUGCUUCAAGUGAAGGGCUGGAAGUUGUGGUUGUAAACGGGAAGUGUCUUUCACCAGUUCAUCAUCAUGCACCUUGGGGUCGUUCUGUUAGCGUACCGGGUGAACCCAGUGGAUCAACAGCCCGGGAAAGACUGAGCUCUGAUCAGAUAUUGGAGAGUGAUUUUCAGCCGCUCAGUGCUGCUGCCAGUGUGGAUACCUUACUGGACGAGCAAACACUUGAGGAAGAGCAGAGAGCUGGGGACAAAAAUGAGGAAGUGGCAGAAAGAGAGGAAAGCGUGAAGAAGCCCAACUCAUCUAAAAAUCAUCGGCGGAACCGUCGACGCAGUGAACGAUUUGCUACCAACCUCCGCAAUGAAAUCCAGAGGAAAAAGGCGCAACUUCAGCGUGGUCAUGGCCCAGGAGGGCUGUUGUGCAGCAGAGAAACUGUCCACGAAGAGGAAGGUUCAGAACUUUGUGAAGAUGGAGCAGACCCAAACAGGCCUAUCCAGAACAAAUGUGUCAAAGUUAUCCUUUCCACACCAGCAGUCCCUCGAGAUUCCCAGACCUCAUCACAGGUGAAGACAUCAAACACCUCAAGAGAAUCAGACUUUGGAGCCUUCCAGACUCAGACCACAUCCUUCAUUCAGGGCAAUAAUCGAUCCAGGUCUGUUCAGAUUCUGGACCCGGGCGUCCCCAGUUUUGGUGUCGGCUUCAGAGUUGUUGAGGAACCGGCUCCUGCUGGCAAAGCCCGCCGCUGGCGGUGGACCCCCGAGCACAAGCUCCAACCAGAACAAGAUGGAGAACGAUUGUGUGGGGUCUUAGGUGAAAGGUCGCUGGGAGUAACUGGGUCAAGUCAUGGAGUUUGUGCCUUCACCUCCAGCUCCUCCUCCAGCUCCUCCUACAGUCGGUCCUCUUUAAGUUCUCGAACCGAGGAAUCAGAUAUUCUUCCAUUUGCAGAUAGAAUGAAGUUUUUUGAGGAGACUUCUAAAGGCAUGCCUGUGUCAAACACCUCAAAAAGGUCCAGUUAUAGGCAAAACCAUCCAGAUCAGCAUCCGGAGCAACAGACGGGAGAGCUUGGCCAGGAUUCAACCCAAAGGAGAUACUCCUACCAGGGAGGAGUACAACAGGAAAGUGUCCAUCUUCUGAACAAUGUCCAACUCAGGAGGCAGUCUGUGAGCGCCAUCAGGGAGAGACAGAAAGAAAUGGAGAGGGAAAAACUUAGAGACAGGGAGGAGAGGCAGCAGGAGCCAGAAAGUCAAGAAAGAGAACUAGAAAUGGAGCGGGCAAGGCUGAGAGAGAUUCAGCGAGGGGACAGUAUGAGGCAGUGGGAGAGGGAACGAGAAAGAAAACUGGAAAGAGAAAAAGAGGCUGAGAAGGAAAGAGUGGAACAUUUUCAGCCCACCUCACAUCAGGACUGUUACAGUAAUCCUGGCUUCAGAAAACAAGGAGACAUCCAGCAUACGGACCAAUUCCACAACCAGCAGGCCAAACCAUAUACAUUUUCUCACUGUCAAAACCAAAACAAAGUCCCGCAAUCAGCUUUUUAUCCCAUCAUCCAUCAUCAGCAGCCAGAGAACCAAGAGUCUUUGCAUCAUGGAUACAACACCAGGAGCUACACACCCACAGAGACGUUUCACGCCCCGCAACAGGAAACGACCAAGCUCAACAGGAAGUACAGCCUGACAGAGAGAGACUACUCAAGCUGGAGACGAGAGUCCAGGCCACCACAGACCAUCCAUCAGCAACAGCAUCACCAUCAUCAGGCUCUUUGGGACUCCAGACGGCCUGCCAGUCGCACCGAUGACCGAGAUGGCUACACCAUCAGUCCCCCGCCAGCGCCCCUUUAUCUUCGAGGACGAGCCAUGUCUGAAAAUGACCUGCGCUUCGAAAGCAGCCACCGCUGGUCGCCCUCCAUUUAUGCCGCUGCAAGCCAGACCCUGAGUGAGAUGGAGGAGGGAGGAGUUCCAACAUGCGGAGAUGGGCAAAGAAAGAAGAAAACCCCUCCUCCACCGAGACCACCGCCCCCCAAAUGGGAGCAGUUCCAUCGCCGACGAGCAUCUCACCACACCCUGCUCGCAUCCUCCACGUUUGCUGCUCCUCAGUCCAUCACAUCCUCUUUCAACAGCACAGAGGGACACUACUCAGCUCACUCCUCCUCCUACGUCCCUCCACCUGAUGCGUCCCGGCAGAGGUCCUACAGCCUGCCCCCAGAGAGGCAGGAAGUGGCAGAGACCUGUUCUCGAUGCAGCUGCAGCCGAACUCAAGCUCAGGAGCAGGCAUUCCCCCAACCGUCCAACCAAAGUCCAGCUCUAUUUCAGGAGCAUGCCUUUGCUGUAGCUCCACCCAGCCCAAUGUUCUCCAGGAAGGCCUUCAGGCCAGUGGCACCGCCCCAUGUUGAGAGGGAGGAUGAUUUUGGGGCAAAGCCUGUGGCAUCUUUACCUCCACCUCCACCAGCGAAGAGCACAGUGAGCAGUUCAUCUGGGAUUGAUGCAAGCCACAGUUUAGAUCACAAACCACAGCCUAGCGUCAGACCUGGAGCGGAUUGGGAGACACCUCCAUCUCCCAGAGUUCAUAGUCCUUCCCCUGGCUUAGAAAAUGGCAGAGCCAAAGAGUUUUAUCCUAAAGACGCAUACUUCAGUCAAAUCGGGCUUAAUCAGCAGCAGCAGGUGUUUACAAACAGAGACUUCAAGGUUGAAGAUCAGCAGAAACACCACGAGCCAGGAACAGACUCUGAAACCACUCUGAGCCCGAGUCCCGCCCACAGCCUGGAGGCUGAGCUGGAGGUCCCCUUAGAGACAGACAUUGAUGAUUUCCAGGAGCUGCCCGCAGAGGACACGCCCAUCACCAGUGAGCUGCCAUGCUUCGCACAACCCGUCACGGUGCUGGAGACGGAUAUCGACACGCUGCCUGAUCCUGACGCCUCGCCGUCUGCUGAAACUCUUGAUGGGAGCAGCUCGCUGGAAGAGGAGGAGCUGGAGCUUUUCCCUCAAAGUGGUGAAGGAGAGUCAGGGACAGAUAGCUGGAGAGGAGCCUGUCAAUCGGUGGAGCACAACACCAACAGCCUGGACAGUAGGCAGUCUGGGGCAAGCUCCAGCUCCUAUUACCACACAUCAGCAGCCAAGGCUCAGCUGCUGUCCCAGAUGAAGGACUUUACCGACAGCAGAGAGAAGCACGAGGAUGACGAGCUCACCUACAAGAAGCAGCUGAUGGAGAGCCUCCGUAAGAAGCUGGGAGUGUUGAGGGAGGCUCAGAAGGGACUGCAGGAGGACAUCAGAGCCAACGCACAGCUGGGAGACGAGGUGGAGAACAUGGUGGUGUCGGUGUGUAAGCCCAACGAGGUGGACAAGUACCGCAUGUUCAUCGGCGACCUGGACAAGGUGGUCAGCUUGAUGCUGUCUCUGUCUGGGAGGCUCCUCAGAGUGGAGACCACGCUGGACACGCUGGACCCAGAGACAGAGCACCAGGACAGGCUCCCCCUGCUGGAAAAGAAACGUCAGCUCAUGAGGCAGCUGUCAGAGGCUCAGGACUUGAAGGACCACGUCGAUCGCCGAGAGCAAGCCGUCAGCCGGGUUCUGGCCCGCUGCCUCAUUCCGGAGCAGCACAGAGACUACAGCCACUUUGUGAAGAUGAAGGCUGCCUUGCUGGUGGAACAGAGACAACUUGAGGACAAGAUUCGGCUGGGAGAGGAGCAGCUCAGAGGCCUCAGAGAGAGCCUGGGCCUGGGCCUGGGCCUGGGAAUAGGAAUGGGUAUUGGAAUAUCGAUGGGAUACGGACAUUACUGAGCAAUAAAUAAAUUAUGAAAUAAAGGACAGCACAUUCAGUUCAAAUCAAGCCCAAAGGGUAGAAGAAUGUGUUUUCAAAAACACAAUUAAGGACAAUACCUUACACAUCCAUUUUGACAGGUGUAUGAUGGCACUAAAUAUGAAGCUGCUGCAGACAGUUAAGCAUAAACAUAAUAAUUAAAAACUGUUGAAAUAGCAACUGUCUGAUAGUAAGAGUUUUCACACACAACCACUGACAAAAUUUGAGGUUUCACAAGUUUUAUCCUGAGUCCAGAGGUUUUUUUUGGCUGGAUGUGAGCUUGUGAAGUAAUUUCAAAAUGGUCCUACAAUCGUUGGAAGACAUUGGAUUUUUCAGCUCUAAAACAACUCACAACCCUGAAGAUGCUUUUACGCAAACACUAAGGAGACAAGAACUGAACUAAGCAUCAAAAUGGAGACAAGAACUGAAUUGAGGAUCUAAAUGGAGAGGGGACCAACUCAAAGAUAGAUAACAGUGUUUGUUGCAUACUGUUUUCAAGGCAACUACACAGAAUUCAAACAUUUUGUGCCUUAAACAUGUACUGUACAAAUAACACAUUUUGUUGCCAAAGACAUUUUUGCCAGAUAACUGUCAUUCACUCCUGUUUUGUUUUAUAUUUAAACCUCUCGGUUCAGAGAACUAGACGAGGGUUUUUCUUGGUGUUUUCUAUAACCACACUAAUGCCAAUGUUUCUCAGUGCCGUUGUCAGUUUGUUAACUGCUAAACAUUGAUCCUGCAAUACAUAAACUGUUGCAUCAGCCUGUUAUUGUAUUAAUUUGUGUCACAUUACUGUACUUUUAGGGAGUUUGACACUCUGUGGACUGACUGUCCAUGAUGUUUAUGUACAGGAGGCAGUAGCGUUUAUUAUGUAUAUGGUUUGUAUAUUGUAGUUUUGAUUUUUGAGAACAUUCAUUGUAAAAGAUGAGUGGGAAGACCUGGAAGAGUUGAAGUUUACUGUAUAUGUUUACGAUGAAUGAAUCCAGAGAGGAGUGAGGUUUGUGUCGCAUCAAGUGAAAUUUGCAAAGGUAUUUUCGGCCAUUUGUUGUCCCCUGUAAUCACUUAAAAAUAUGCUAAUUUACCUUCACAUGGAGACAGAUCUGUACAUCUUUUAGAAGGCUCUUAGGUGUAAAGUGCAAGGACAAUUCCCAAACUUGUACGAACAUAUUCACAUUACUAAACAUUUUUUAAAACAUUUCUUUAGCAAAAUUACUUCACACAUAACAUAAAAUAACAUGGCAAAACAAAACGCAAAACAGAGCCAACAAUUCACGAACCAGAAUAUAACAUUAACAAAUAAAACCAUAGCGAAAAGUCUAAACAUUUCAAAAAUAUUAAAUAUUUUGCGCAUCCUUUUUUUGGCCUUUUGAAAGGGUUUUUGUUGCUGUCACGUGUAUGCUUUUCUAAAUUUUUAUGUUUUUUGUCUUCUCAGGCUUCACCAUCGUGCCGUUAAAAGCUAGCAACAGGUUAGCUUAGCAUACAGAGUUAAAUUUAUUUCACUGUCUCAACCUAUUUAUUGUUUUACCACCAAAAAUUAGAAUAAAAAAAUGCUUGUUGUGUUUUCUUCCUGCUCAAAGCAUCUUGAAGAAUGAAGGCUGCACAGAAAACCACUUGUCAUCUAUCGGCUAGCUUGUUUUGCUAGCUAAGAACUUUUUGCCUCUUAACAGCUAGCUUUUCAGCUGGGAGUUUAAAAUUAACAUAUACUGACUAAAACUAGUUAUAAUGUCUAAGAUAGACCUCUUUAAUAUGUAGGUAGGUGGAUCUUAAUUGUAGCUUUGCCUAUUUCCCUGUGUGUGCUACAAGAUAAGCUAACAAGCAGGUAAAAGGGAGUAUCUGCUGCCACAUAGAGCAAUGGUCAAAAUUCAGUUCUAGCCUAUAUUAUUAAGUCAUUGUAAAAAAUAACCCGCUUGAAGGUCACAAAGUCUUGAAAUUUCAAGAACUUGUAGGUUUUUAUGUUUCUGAAAAUUUCUGAUUGGUGACACUGCACCUAAUACCCAUAGUGUUAAUCUAAUUAUUAUUCAUUUAAUUUGUCCCACGCUUAUACUGCACUACAUUUUAACUCGGAAGUUAGAAUUUUUGUCCAAGUUGGAAAUCUUGAACACUUGCUCCAAAAGUGGAAAACCUGCUCAGAUUUUCUGAUGUUUCACACCAGCCCAAUUUCAAAAUCCCAAAACGCUGCCAUAAAAUGCAUAGGUAGCUGCAGUAAUUAAUUGUUUAUUUGUGCUGUGGUUAAUUGGAAUCUCAUUCAGCAAGGUAAUUGAAUGUAUGAAAUGCAGAGAGAUACAUUUUUAUCAGCUCAUGUUGCUAAUGCUUUGUAGCCUGGUCAAUGGUCACCACUGUUAGUGAAAACUGAUUUUCUGACGUCUAUCUGGCAUACAGAUCAUUUGGCUGUGAUGGUAUUCCCUUAUUUUAAACAAUGUCGUUUUCUACUAUUUUGCUGCUGCCUACUGGGCAAUAGCAGCCAGUGUAGGAUAAAGUUAAGUACUGUCUCUUUGAUUAAAAAGAAGUUUAAAACACUAUUUCACUAUUUAAAACAAGAGAGGUGGAAAGAUUGCGAAGUCAAGUAAACAGACAUUGUCUCUAUUUCACUGGUUAAUUGCUCAUAAAGAGAACCUGUUCUAUUUAGAAGUAGCUUAAAAUGUAUUCACAGCUAUACCUCUUAUCAGCUAUGUAUACUGGUUUUGUUUUGUUUUUUUGUUCUAAGCAGCCCUAAACCUAAGAUUUACGUUGUUUAUUGUUGUUACUGUGUAUAUAUUGAAUGUUUUCCUGUGCUGUACCAGCCGUUCUCAUUGGAAAAUUCAUUGGAAAUAUAUUGAUACUAUAAGGACAAACAAUGCUUGUUGGACCUGUAAGAAAGAAUAUUUCUUUUGUUUCUGAUUUUUCCUGUAAAAUUUUGAUUUAUUACAAAAAAACUUUUCUGUUACUGCAAAAACGUGUGCGAGGAAAUUGUACCAUAAAUAAUAAUGAUUUUAAACUA